AUGGACUACUUCAAAGAGCCCGUUCAAGGAGACCAAGUUUGCACCAUUGGAAACCACACUUUUACAUGGACAGACCAGCACAUCCCCAAAUCCCAAACAGAUCCUCUACGUUUCGAGUGUGAUGAACUCGGUGCCUCAGCUGUGAAGAAGAUCCAAGAGAUCCAUGAUCAGCUCAGACAAGAAGGACAACAAGUUAGCAGAGCAGACUUGUUCGAAACACUAAGUCAAUAUCAUGAACAAGACGCAAAUCUGUCUCAGUUUUGGCAAGAAACGCAUCAUGUUCCGUCCUGGGUUGACUGGGAACAAAUCGCUAGGGGUCAGCACUUCUUCUACCGAUACGCUCUCGCAAACCUGAUUGGCUUCGCCUUUCAAGGCUUUGUAGGCGAGAAUUCCGCUUCAACAAGUGUGGUUGAAGUACUUGCGCGUACAGGCGGAUUCAGCACCCGUGUACUCAGGAGACGCCUCCUCGAGACCUUUCAGAUGGUCCUCCAAGUCACACACUCCCUUGAGUACAUCAAACCGGGGGGCUCGGGUCACAGCUCGAUCAUCAGAGUUCGUCUACUGCACUCCAUGGUCAGACAGCAGAUCCUCAAGGUUGCCGCAUCCAAGUGCCGGUUCUUUGAUCAAGAAUCCCACGGAAUACCAAUUAACACUCUCGAUUCCAUCCACGCCAUAGCCACUUUCAGCUGCAACCAUGCUUGGCUACAGCUGCCACUAAUGGGCAUCACGCCUGACCCCCAAGAAGUUGAGGAUUACAUAGCGCUUUGGAGAUACGUAGCGCAUGUGAUUGGCGCACCUCAAGAAUACUACACCUCGGCAAAGCAAGCUAAGGCAGUGAUGGAGAGCUUAGCUUACAACGAGCUCUUCGUGACACCAACAUCUGUCGUCAUUGGACACAACUUUGUGGAGGCACUUAAGGACCUGCCUCCGAUCAACAUCUCGGAUGGGUUCAUCCAAGCUGCCAGCCGUGUGCUGAACGGCCACGAGAUCUGCGAUCAGCUUGGUAUGGGGAGACCAGGAUGGUACGCGUAUGCAUGUUUCAAGGGCCAUUGUUGGCUCGUUUGGAGCUUGGCUACGAUGCAGCAAUGGGUCCCGUCCUUUGACGACAAGAUGAUUCAGCUGUGCAGGGAGGGAUUGCAUAAUGCUAUCAUACACAGUAGCCAGGGGCUUCGGGGUGGGUCCAUUCUUGAUUUCAAGUAUGUUCCUGAUGGGAGGAUACAGGGCAAGGAGAAGAGUGGGCGGGUGGAGGGGAGGCUUUGGUUUUUCGAACGCCCACUUGAACUGAUUUACUUCAUCGUCUUCAUUAUUGGUUGCCUCCUAGUACUGGGAGGAUUGUCAGGCGUGGUUCAGUUGGUGAUUGGUAUAUCAGGGUCGCAGAGAUUGUUUGUUUAG